AUGGCGGCGAGUCAACAGUACUACGAACUGUACCGGGGCAGCAGUAUCGGUGAAGCGCUCAUCGACACCAUCGAUGACCUAAUCAACGAUGGCCGGAUCGAACCACAGUUGGCUAUGAAGAUUCUUGCCAACUUUGAUCGCGCGAUAGCGGACACAUUGGCGGAGAAGGUCAAGUCUAGACUCACGUUCAAGGGUCACUUGGAGACCUACCGUUUCUGCGACGAUGUGUGGACAUUCCUGGUCAAAGACGUGAGAUUCAAAAGUGAUGGUGGGCAAGAGUUCCAGGCGGACAAGGUCAAGAUUGUCAGUUGCAAUUCCAAGAAGCCCGGCGAGGCAUAG